AUGGAGAUAGAACAAAUAACCCCACAAAUAGUUGGCAAGAAACUAUGGAACAUUGUGAGGAUAGUUUUCUACAUGGUGAGGAAAGGCGUUUCGAAGAGCAAGCUAAUUCACCUUAACCUCCAACUCGCCCUUCAACUCAUGCUAAAGCGAGGCAAACUCGCCGCCGGCAAGGCGCUGAGCCACCACUACUCCGCCCUCAUCACCUGCCGCUCCCACCACUCCGUCAGAGUCUUCACCGGCCACGCCCCGCACGACUACGAGUUCAGCUGCAGCAACACCCCCGCCGCCUUGUUCCACCACCACGCCAGCAAGCGGAGCAGGAACCACCGCCGCGAAAACAAGAUCGACGCCGAUGUUUUCCAGAGGGUUUUCGAGAUGCUGAACGACCGUCCCGAGGCGGCGGUUGAUGGGUCUCCUUUCACGGCGCUGCCGGGGUUCGGGCGGACCCCCACGGUGAGGCAGCUGCGAGUGACGGAUUCGCCCUUCCCGUUGAAGGAUUCCGAGGAGAUCAACUCCCAGGUGGAUAUGGACGCCGAGGAGUUCAUCAGGAAGUUCUAUACACAAUUGAAUCUACAAAGCAAGAAAGCCGCUCUUGAAUCUCCAUCCCCAUAUCACAUCAGAGCUCGAUGA